CUUCACCUCUUGGAGCAUCGCUGAGUUUGUCGCAAACCGCCGAGUGGUUCGGUCGUGUCUCUCCAGAGAAAAAGUCCAAAGGAAAAACUCACGCGCGCGCACUUGAACGUCUACGUCUGAUCGGCUCGAUUAAUCCGGCACACAGAAAGAAAAACACGGAUUAGGGUUUUGUUUGUGCUUCGAAUUAUCAUCCCACUGGAGGUAAUUUGUUUCCAUUAGACGACGUGCGGAGGACAUUGACAGCGUUUCAUUCGUCACAGAACUGUUAAUCAUCGCGGACAGUUUUCAGAUUUCAUCCUGUAAUGAUUAAUUAGUGCUCCGGUGAUUCCGUAAAUCCAUCAGGUGCACCGUUUCCCGAACCAGAUUAAACAUGUGAUAGUAUUGCGCCACAUUCAAUCAUGCGAUAAACCACCGGAAGAAGAGAUAGCGAAAAAAAGAGCGAGCGAAAAAUACAAUGCUGGUGAAAAAUAUGCCAAAAUUAAAUGUGAAUCAUCGCGAAUUAAUUGCAUUACCGAGGGCGGCGACAUCGGCGCUGGUGCUGAAGACGGCUAGCGCAGUGCUGUCGAUGAUGGUGCUGCUCCGGAAUGGCUGUCAAGCGGCCCCUUCUCUCGCUGCAAAAUCUUGGCCGGUGAUGAAAAAUUAUGACAUCUGGGGCACGACGCCAGCGGAACAGCUCUCGCGGGAGGCAGAUUUAUCAUUAUCGUCCUCGUUUUCACCCGGUUCGUCGCAAUUGAACUUACGCAAUGGGACCUCCUUUCGGCGCAGUCGAGUUUUCGGAAUGGAAGGAUUGAUGGAAAACGACAUUUUUGAUCUGGAUCGGAGCAAUGACUUUAACGGUGGACGCAACAGGACUAGACGGCGGAAUUCUAAGGUGCUCAACUUUUUCCCGGUCCCGGUGGAUGACGAGUGUCUUUCGGAGGACGGAUUGCGAACCGGCCAGUGCCUGAACACGUACGAGUGCCGCAUCCAGGGUGGAUCAGCGAGGGGCCAAUGUGCGCUCGGUUUCGGUGUUUGCUGCGUCUUCACCGCCACGUGCGACCAGGAAAUGGCCAACAACAUUACGUACUUCGUGUCCCCGAGCUUCCCGGCGCUGCUUCCACGGGACAUGUCACUGUGCAAGCUGAAGAUCAAGCUGAUGAGCGACGAAAUCACCCAGCUCAAAUUUGAUUUCAUCCAUUUUGCAUUGGGACAACCGAAUCGACGGACGGGAAUUUGCGAUGGCGAUGUGUUCAAACUAAUUGGGGGAGUGUUACCGUUUGACCUGUGCGGUCAAAACAGUGGACAGCAUCUGUACUACGACCUGAACCCGAAGAGUCGGGCGGACGAGGAGAUUGAACUGUUCAUGAACUUUUCGCCGCGGUCUUUCACACAACGGCUGUGGGAAAUUAAGAUUACGCAGAUACCGUUCAGUCAACGGGCACCGAGUGGAUGUAUGCAGUAUUACACGGGGCUGGAAGGAGUUAUACAAACGUUUAAUUUUGCGGAAAAUGGAAGACAUUUGGCGAAUCACAAUUACCGAGCGUGCAUACGGCAGGAGAAAGGCAUGUGUUCGGUUGCUUACGAGCCGUGUGAUGAUCAAUCCUUCAGGAUAGGAAAUCCUCUAUCGGAUGCCGGUGGAAGCUCCCCAGGUGGUGGUUUUCCUGGAGGGUCGUCAGGCGGGCCUGGUGGUUCAGCUGGACCAGGUGGGACUCUUGGUGGACCUGGUGGAACGGGAACGUUUUCGGAUCCGGCAAUAGCAAGUGAUCCACUAGCUCCGGUAGCUGACAUUCCUGUUGUUGAUGACUUGGUGCCCGCAGCAGAUGGUGAGGGCAGUCCAGGAUUGUUGGAUUCACCAGCAGAUGAUGCAGUGGCCGCAGACGAACCGGAAGUAGCUGCAGAUGAACCGGCAGCAGACGAACCAGUAGCGGAUGAGCCAGCGGCAGAUGAACCACAGGCAGACGAUCCGGAUGCUGCCGACGAAGGUUCUGGAGGGGGUGGUGGUGGCUUCUUCGACAGUUUCUUCCCGUCGUUCUUUUCGCGAAGCAUUUUCGAUUCGUAUCGCAGCUUCGAAGGAUCUCAUCGGCAAGGCCGACAAUACGGCGGUUAUUCACGGCAGUUUAUUUCCAACUGUCGGGACCGCAUCACCCUUCCUUGUAUAGUAGAAGAUUUCAUCGGCGCUGGGAUGGGUGACUUGCCCAGCUGUAUUCCGGUGCAUUGUGGGAAUUCACUUUGUCCGUUGGGGGUGUCUCCAUGUCGGGUGGAAACUUCGGUGACCCCGUUCGGGUUGGGGAUUCAUUUUGGGGAAGGCACGGACAAGGGAAGUCCAGAGGAUAACAUUGGAGCCUGUUUGAGGUACAAUCAACUUCCGUGUGCAGGGUAGAUGGGUUUAGUGAUAGGAAUAACGAGUGUGUGCGUGUAUAUUUAUUAGCUGUGAGUGCUUGCCAGUAAUUAAAUGUGUAAAAUCUG